CAAGGCAUCAGGCUCCCCAGGAACCCCAGAGCUGGCUCCUCUGGGGGGUCUGCCUCCUCAGGGCUCCUGCUCAGCACAGUGGGCACCAGGGCUGGUCGCUCUCAGGGCUCCCCACUGCGGCCAGGCCACAGCUUCCUGCGGGAUGGCACCUCACUGGGCAUGCUGCGGGAGCUGAUGGUGGUCAUUCGCAUCUGGGGCCUGCUGAAGCCCAGCUGCCUGCCCGUGUACACAGCCACCUCGGACACCCAGGACAGCAUGUCCCUGCUCUUCCGCCUGCUCACCAAGCUCUGGAUCUGUUGCCGAGACGAGGGCCCAUCUAGUGAGCCAGAUGAGGCACUAGUGGACGAGUGCUGCCUGCUGCCCAGCCAGCUGCUGGUCCCCAGCCUGGACUGGCUGCCCGUCAGCGAUGGUCUGGUCAGCCGCCUGCAGCCCAAGCAACCCCUGCGCCUGUACUUCGGCAGGGCACCCACGCUGCCAGGCAGUGCCACCACUUUGCAGCUAGACAGCCUCGCCAGAGCACCAGGCCAGCCUAAGAUGGACCAUCUGCGGCGGCUGCACCUGGGCGCCUACCCCACAGAGGAGUGCAAGGCCUGCACCAGGUGCGGCUGCGUCACAAUGCUCAGGUCCCCCAACAAGACCACGGCGGUCAAGCAGUGGGAGCAGCGCUGGAUCAAGAACUGCCUGUGUGGGGGGCUCUGGCGGCGGACACCCCCCAGCUGCCCCUGAGGGUGCUGCCCCUGAGCGGUGCUGCCCAGUGGGCUGGGUAGAGACUGGGUGGACUCAAUGGUGCUGGCCCCACAGGGCCCUAGAGCUGGACACCCUUCCUUCCCUGCCUGUUUUGGGGGCUGUCGGAGGCACGAGGCCCCUCACCCCUGUCAACGGGUCCCUCGGCAUCAGGCCGUGGCCUCUGGGACCGCCCACCCUGCACCUCCGCAGCCAGCACCCUGAGUGCCUGGUCCCUGCCCAAGGACUAGUGGGCUACAGGCCCUGUCCUGGGGACUUGCUGGCCACCAGCCAGUUGCUGCAGGCCACAUGCUGCCUCCGUUUCCCUCCUGUUCCUUGAAGGCCAUUCCAGCAGGGGUUGGGACAGGGCUGAGCCGGGCCUUCUGUCCCCGGCCCCCGUUGUCACUGUGGGCCCCUGCACCGCACUGGGGCAUCUCGCUUGCUCUGUCCUGAGCUCAGCCAGCCUUUACGGGCAUCAAAUGGACGCCCACCAGGCCCUGGCGUCUGUGUUGGCCAGAAGGGGCAGAGGGUGGAGGGAAGGCCUGGAGCCUGUCUGUCUCCAUCCCUGUGUGUCCUUACCCUCGGCUCUGCCCUCCUGUCCCCAUCCCCUCCCCCGCACUGGCGCUGCUAGCCCAAGGCCCUGGUUCCCAGUGCUCUGCCUCAUGCCCCAGGGGUCUGCCUUCUGGCAGGGAACGUUUCUGUCCAUUAUGUGCUCUGGGCCAGCUGCCCCCAGGUGGGCAGGCCCUGCAGACAUGCUGCCUGCUGAGUGAUAAUUGGUUUGCUUGUUUUCUUUCUGGAAGGCUCCAGGAGGGCAGCGGCUAACUCAGCAUGGCUGUCUGCACUUGAUCCUGGCCUGCCCCUCGCCUGGCGGGGUUCCUGAGCCUGGUGCUAGGCAACCUGUGGCUGCAGGACCGGGCACCGGGAGGGCAUGGGCAGCAGACCGCAUCCCCAGCUGCCUCCACCAGAGCGAGGCAACAGCCUCCUGGGCCGAGGCGCAGCCGGGAUGGGCGACAGUGCCCGGGCCACUGCCUGAGGGACAGAGCCCACAAGAUGACUUGCACCUGGGUGGCCUUCCACAGGGCCUCCACCUGGCCCCUCCGUCGAGCAGGCAUCCUCCCUGGCCUGGGCAGACACCUGCAGAUGAUACCAGGUCCCCUGCAGAGGCCUGGGUGCAGUGGGUGGGGCUGCCAUGGGCCACCCCCUCUCCUGGCUCCUCCCCUGCCCACAGUCAGGAGCCCUAAGCCCAAGAGAGUUGAUGUCCCUGGGUGAACAACUGCCAUUUCAUGUU